GGGCUCGGGUUCGGACACAGGCUGCUUUGGAUUCGGGCGCUCGAUUUUCAGCCGAUCGUGGCUGGGUACUUAACCCAUGAAGCACGUUGAGAGAUCCCCAGAGUCCAGCAUUGUGGGUGUCCGUUUUCUUGUGAGACUAUGAAAGUUCCUGCAGGCCGCGGUGGGUGGUGGUGGUGCUGGGAGGUGGGCCACUCAGAUGAUGUCUCUACAGCGAUGUUUCGUCCGACGGUCUCGUCGUCCAUGCCGUUUUCAAUGCUCGGCCACAAAAAGGCAAGAUUCUUGACGGGUUUUCGCCAGGAAUCUUAUCAAUUCUUUGCAAGAUUCUGGCAAGCAGACGGAAAGAAUGAUUCUCUUCAAUUCUCGGUGACUGCUGAAGGAAGCGCCGCCUUUUCAUGUGAUGCCCACCGCGUUCUGGCACACAGAAAGGUAAUCAAUUGUGUCACGCAAUCCUCCGGUUGAGUCCUGCUCGAAAUCUCUGUCGAAGCACCUAGAGCUGCUUGUAAACAGCAUUGCAUAGCAUUUCGUUUCGUUUCUUGACAGCGGAAGAUAGUUCUCUAGCUUAGGUUUGAGAUCUCACAGCUCACUUGCGGUAGGGUUAGGGUUUCGUUGCCUCUGUCAUCAUGGGUUCUUCUAUUAAGGAAGCGAAUAUUGGCAGUGCGAAGAAGAGGUUUUCGACUAUCAGUAUCAGCUCGAUGACGGAGGUUGGAGUGCAAGAUAAUGUCGAGCGAAAUCUGAGAGACGUUUAGAUUUCCAGCCGGGAUGAUGUUCAAGCGAUCCGGUCUAGCACCCGUGUACUUGUAAUUUAUUACUGCCAGUCCGCUCUCGCUUCGAUCGGUAUCAGCUCAUAGGCUUAGGGUUUCGUUGCCUCUGUCAUCAUGGUUUCGGUUAGGGAAGCGAUUUUUGGCAGUGCGAAGAAGAGGUCUUCGACCAUCAGUAGCAGCUCGAUAAAGGAGGGCGAAGUACAAAAUGGUGUCGAGCGAAAUCUGAAAGACGAUUGGAAUCUCAGCCCGGAUGAUGUUCAAGCGAUCAUGUCUAGCACCCGUGUAAAAAACCUUCAUUACUGCCAGUCCGCUCUCACUUCAUUCCGUUCCUCGCAAUCGGAAACGGAGUGCCAAUCGGCAAGGCCAGGACGUGACAAACAUAUCAACCAUGAUUUUGCCGUCUUUGAUCUGACGGCAACAAAGUUCGACGGCCAACACUUUAAUUUCUUCAUCAGCGCCGAAAAGGAGGGUGGAGGACAAGAAGGGGGCGAUUCGGGGAUCUACAUCAAAGUAUUGACCCCUGAGGAGUGCAAGCAACUCGAAGAUAAUAUUCUAAAAUCCUGGGAAGGUUUCUCAACUCUGGUGCCGCUCGAUAUUCUUACCAGAAGGCUUUCGGAAUACGAUAAACAUUACAACCUCGUCUACAACAAUUGCUGGGAUUACGCGACAGCAGCGUGCAAAAUUAUAUUGCUGCUGUUGAGCAAGCAACCAGAUGUCAACCAUGAGAACAAGCAAUACUUCAUAGACAAUGCUGAGAAGGUGGAGAAAUCUGUACUGGAGGAAUUCUACUUUCAACUCUCACUUGGCGCAAGCCGAAACUGUCGAGAAGAUACGGCGUGGUCUUCUAUGUGGUCAAUCUUGCGGUCUUAUAUGUGGUCAAUCUUGUGUAUCUUUAGAUAUAGUCACCGUCGUAAAUUUAAGUUACAAAUUUAUGUUAUACUUAUAUUUAUGUUUCACGACGUCACUGUCUAUUUAAGGUUAUUUAAGGAAAAUGAAGGAUUACAGUUAUUACUAUAUUUAGGUCUAUACCAUAUACUAGAUACAUAUAUCAAUUAUAUAUAUAUCAAUUAUAUAUAUAUAAUAUAUAUAUUUAUAAUAUAUAUAUAUAUACAUAUGCUUACAUAUAUUAUACACGAUAUGCUUGCGUUUAUAUACUUAGUGAGCGAGUCGAUCCUAAGGGAUCCAUGAGUUAUGGGCGUCGGGGUGACUGUUAUAGAUAAGCAAAGGUGCGGAAGAGUGUCUUCGGCGGGGGAUGCCUUCGGCGGUGCGCGGAAGAAUAUUUUGGACGGCGGAUGUUGACGUGGUCAUAAAUAAAGACUGUACAGGUGUGGCAGUGGCGGCGGCGUGAAGUCAGGCGUGGAAAUAAGACGGCGGGGCAUGAAGUCGCACAUGGGAAUCAGGCCGUUGCCCAUCAUCGCGGGAACGGCAUUCACGCGGCCUGUGGGUGACUCGGCCCUUGGACGUUGGAAAGGAUUAUUCGGCCUGCAAGCCGUGAUUGUGUGAUGUGCCAUUGUGUGGAGACGCUGGUGGGAUUGGUCACAGGAAUAGAGUGUGGAAGUGAGUGAUUUUCGCAGGGAAGUGGUGAGAAUUAGGAGGGGAGUGUGGAGAGUUCGAAGUAGGAGGAAGCAACCUCUCGUGGGUGGAGAGUUGUAUCUGAGAGUGAAAUUAGAUUGGGAUCCGAGAUUGAGGUGUAAUCUGUGAGUGGGAUCCGAGAUUGAAGUGAAAAAUCCGUGAGUGGGAUCUAAGAUUGAAGUGAAAUCUGAGAGUGGGAUCUGAGAUUGAAGUGUAAUCUGUGAGUGGGAUCUGAGAUUGAAGUGUAAUCUGUGAGUGGAAGCUGAGAUCAGAGUGGAAGACCUGAGAAUGGGAGCUGAGAGUGAAGCGAAAUCUGAGACUGAAAUCUGACAGUCGGGAUCUGAAUUUGAAACUGAAAAUGGAGAGUUGAAUCUGAGAGAGGAACUUGAUGGGGUCUGAAGCUGGAAGCUGAGAAAUCGACACUGAAAUCUGAGUAGGAAUUGGGAGUGGAACUCGGAGCUAGGAUAGACCACAGCGGUUGUGGUAUUGAGAAAGUCACCCAGAGUAAGGUUAGAUCUUUAAGUAACAAAGAGCUUGUCUGCUGCUCUCGUGGAGAUAGCAGACAGCAAGUUAUUAUUUUCAGCUUUGGAUAAUUUGUCUGUGAAAUAGCAAGUGUUUAUGAUCU